AUGACAUUGACAUCUCUCCCCAACGAACUCAUCGAACACAUUGCUUCGUAUCUGGACCUCUCCAGCACCCGUUCAUUCCGCCUUACCACAUCCUCCCUAACAAAAGCAUCAUCGCACCUCUUCAAAGACCGCUUCUUCCAGCAACGCACUCUAACCUGGACGAAACAAAGUCUGGACACCUUUGUACAAAUAUCGCUACACGCACAAUAUGGCAAUGCCCUCCGCCACCUCAUCAUCGACGCAACCCCCCGACACUCGAUGCUCCUCUGGUCCCUCUCCAAACAAAUAACCGACAUAACCACCUUCCCCAGCUCCUCCUCUUCUUCCUCUAAAACCGCCGCAUCCCCCGAACAAUGCAGACUCCAAGACGCGUGGGCGCAAGCCGCAGAAAAAGCCGCGCAAAACACUUCCUUCUUCAACGAAACGCGAUACGACCAAAAGACGCUCAAACAAGCCUUCGCAAACAUGUCCCAGGGAAACUUGACUACUAUUACUUUUCUCUACACAGGUCUCCCAGCCUCGCUCGUAAAAGGCGGAAGAACAUACUGCGCACUAAGCCAAUGCGAGACCUCGCGCCCUUUUGUCUCCACCCUCGCCGCCCUCGCCGCAUCCCCUCACAUCCAACUCUCCACCAUCGCACUACACAAGCCAUUCCACCACGGCGCCGUAAGCAUCGGGCGCCUGGAAAGUCUCGCUCCACUGCUCUCCUGCUUCGACAAGACAUUCACCUCGCUAACCCAUCUCGCGCUCAACCUGCGCGACUGGCGCGAACAAGAAUCUGGCUUUCAACUCGCACCACCACCACCGCCCUCCCCAUCUUCUUCUUCUUCUUCUUCUUCUUCUGCUACGACUCCCCGUGCACCUUUCAUCGUCCGCUUCCUAUCUAAAAUGACCAACCUAAUGUCCCUGGAACUAAGCUGCUACAGUAACUUUGAGCAGAAUCUCUUUGAGGAAAUAGCGAAACACUGUUGCUUGGACAAGUUGGUCGUGUGUAAGCUCUCUGUUAUAAAAAUCGAGCGGGUAGAGUGGCUCGAUAUGUUUCUGAGAGAGAGUCUGGAGAGAGGUACGCUAAGGGAGCUUUGUCUAAGGCAGGUUAUGCUGGCGAGGCGCGAGGGGAGUGGAUGGGGAGAGUGGAUGAGGCGGGUUGCGGGUGAGCAGCAGGGUUUGAGCCGAGAGCGUGUGCGGGAUGGGCAAGCGGCGACGACGACGACGGGGAUUACGCAUUUUUGCUUUGCUGAUUUGUUUACUGGACAGGGUGAGGUGCUGUUUGUACGGGGGUGCCGGAGUCUUUGUUUGGGAGAGGAUUGGACAUGUCGGCUUUUGAGUGCGUUGGAAGGGGGAGUCCAAGGGAAGGAAUGGAGGCCACAGUGGGAUAUGGGUGCCUCUGCGUAUCCGUUUGUAGGGCUGAGCAUGUGA